CAAACCAUGUUUUGCCGUAUUUAAAAGUUGAAGUCAAUUUCCACUACAGCUAUCUACACGCGCUCUUCCAAAUUCAGUUUACUAAAAAGGUGAAUAUCUGCUAAAUCUGGUUAUUUUUUAAAGACGUUGCUUGGUUUACUUUUUAAAAAUCUGUUUAUUGCCAAGAGAAAGGCAAAGUUUGAGAGCUAUCAUUAUUAUGCAGAAUCAUUAUUUAAACGUUCCUAGCUAGGGGGCUGGCCAUGCCACAUGUUAUUAGCUAGUAUCAGGAAAAAAAACGUGCAAAUUAGAAAGUCAAACUGUAGCCAGCGGUUGAAUGCAUGAUCAUGGUGUAACAUUGUAAGCUACCUAACGUUACCUGAAAGAUAAUUUAAGUAUUCACGUGCUACGAACUUGUUGAGUAAAUUAGCUCGGUAACCUGGCUUCAGCGACCACCAGGCCACACUUCGAGGAAAGAUGUCUACCAUCAGAUUUGGAUCAACUUGUAGUCCUUCGAAGACUACUCUAGCUGAACCAUUGCCACGCUGGAACGAUGAGGAAGGGGAAAAGGCUGAUCCAGAAGAUGCCUGUGAUCCAAAUAAACUCCUUCAGUGUCCAUACGACAAGAACCAUCAGAUCCGUGCCUGCCGCUUUCCAUACCAUCUGAUCAAAUGCAGCAAAAACCACCCUAAACUGGCCAGUGAAUUAAAAACGUGCCCUUUCAACGCCCGCCACCUGAUGCCCAAGCAUGAGCUUUCACACCACAUUGCUAACUGUGUUGACAGAAUAUCUGUGAAUGCAGAAGACUGCAGCGCUGAGGUGCAGAGCAAAUGGCAGGUACCUGUUAGCACCUGGACAAACACCAACUGUGAUGAGGACUGGGAUAAAGAAGCUGAUAUUUCUUCGGUGCCUUUCGUAUGGGGAGUGUCCACAAACCUGAUCAGUCAGAACAGGACUGAGCCAUGCACUACAAACAAUCUUACUCCUGGACUCCGAGCUCCAAGAACUCUGCCCUGGAAAAUGUGACUGACUAAGGGCAGAAUGAGUGACAAAAGUUGGAAGUCAAGAGGCUAUCUUGCAGUUAAGUUUUAUAUCAUAGAUGCAUGUUUUAUUAGUUCACUUUGACUUGAUUAUGGACACGUUUGAGAAAAAUCCCAUUGACUAUAAAUGCAUGCUUUGUAACCUAACCUUAGACAUGGUGAUUGGGGUUUGUGUCCCCUUUUUUGUUAUUAAAAGGCUUUUUUGCAGAA